GCUUUGAACACGAAACCGUUAACAACGAUAGUGCGCCUAAGGAAUUAAAAAAGAUAAAAGCCACACAACGUAACAUAUAUGAAAAACAGGAAACACGCACACAAGCAAAUGUCAAGCAGGCGAAUGAACUAACUCGCGUUUAAAAAUAGUAAACAAAACAAAAUCGCUCAGUUCGAGUGAAGGAAAUACAUUUUUGUACAUAUGCAAAGUGGAAAGCAAAAUUUUACAAACGCCUACUCAUACAUAACACCAAAUCGUAACAUUUACCGUUACUGUGUGUGUGCCUGUAUGUGUACAUGUGGCUGAAGGCAACGCGUACGACGAGUACUUUGUGCUGAACUCCACGCUACUCCAGUUUUGUGCUGUGCAGUUCACGAUCAGCCCCAACUAUGGUGGCAUCGAACGAUAUACAAAAUAUUUUGAAGAAACUACAAAAGUACCAACAUUUAAAUGGAACGAAUUUGUUAAAACCUUUACGCAAUAGAACGCCAGUCACAACAUCGAAAUAUGAUAGCAACAAUCAGAAAGCAACAAUCGGCGCGAGUCUACAGCUCGCACGAGAGAACAAUUAUAUCGAGCCCACUGCAAUACCGAAUGCAGCCGACUUAGCCGAGCAGCGCGUUAAUAUCACAAAUAAUUUUUUAGAUUUACUACUAAAUCCCGAAUAUGUGGAGCAAUUCACUGAAAUGAAUAACGAUCUAUUGCACGCCUCAAAUGAGACGGCGACCAAUGACGUGAACGUGUCGGUGUCCCCACUCAAUGCAAACAUCAUAAUGUCACCUGCCGCGCUCACAACUCUUUACACAAAAAACGAAACACUCUUACAGCAAAAUGCUCCGCCCAGCAGUCUGGUGGUAGAUACAUUGUUGGGUUCGGUUAUGACAACCGCCACAGCCACGGUGACCGGUUCCUCGAAUGCGUUUAGAACGGAAGACCUGCUGCUCGAUCGUUUGCCAUCGGAUGUGCAGAGUGGUUCCACUUUAACGAGCUUUUAUGCCAAUUUGUUGGCAGAUAUAUCACCAUCCUCCACUUUCACUGCCGCCGUUGAAACAAUGUCGACGCCAACAGUGUUGUUGCCAACCGCCGAUAAUGAUACGGUCUAUUGGGAACAUGGUGCGACUGACUUCGACUUGCUCUAUCGCCACUCACUGGCCAUGACGAUUGUCUAUUGCUUUGCCUAUAUUAUUGUCUUUCUAGUCGGUUUGGUUGGCAAUAGUUUUGUGAUUGCCGUCGUAUUGCGGGCGCCACGAAUGCGUACGGUCACCAAUUAUUUUAUUGUCAACUUGGCGAUUGCUGAUAUAUUGGUGAUUGUGUUUUGUUUGCCCGCCACGUUGAUGAGUAACAUUUUUGUGCCCUGGAUGCUGGGCUGGCUGAUGUGCAAGACAGUGCCAUAUAUACAGGGAGUAUCUGUAGCAGCAUCCGUCUACAGUCUAAUUGCCGUUUCACUGGAUAGAUUCAUUGCAAUCUGGUGGCCACUUAAGCAGAUGACAAAAAGUCGGGCACGCUUUAUGAUAUUAUGCAUCUGGCUGAUUGCCUUGAGCUCUACAAUACCCUGGCUUUUAUAUUUUGAUCUCGUGCCGGCCGCUGAGUCGUUUCCGGCAGCGCCGAACCUCUAUCUCUGCCAAGAGGUAUGGCCACCCGGUUCAAAUGGCAAUCUAUAUUUCCUCCUAGCCCAUUUAGUGGCUUGCUAUCUACUGCCAAUGUCUUUGAUAACACUGUGCUAUGUGUUGAUUUGGAUAAAGGUGUCCACGCGCUCGAUUCCCGGUGACUCUAAGGAUGCACAAAUGGAUCGCAUGCAACAGAAGUCGAAGGUGAAGGUGAUUAAAAUGCUUGUGGCGGUUGUUAUACUGUUCGUAUUGUCUUGGCUGCCACUCUAUGUGAUCUUCGCCAGAAUUAAAUUUGGUGGUGAACUCUCAAACGAAGAAAGUGAGGUACUCUACAAGGUGACACCCUUCGCGCAAUGGUUGGGUUCUUCCAAUUCCUGCAUCAACCCCAUUUUAUAUGCAUUUUUCAACAAGAAGUAUCGACGUGGCUUCGCAGCCAUUAUACAAUCCCGAUCAUGCUGUGCCCGCAUAAGAUAUUAUGAUAACGUCGCAAUUGCCUCGUCCACCACCAGCACUCGCAAAUCCUCGCACUAUCACCAAAAUAGCUCACGGAAGAGUCCUAGCAGCCCUGGCUUGCGCAAAACUAAUGCUGUCUCCUAUAUUUAUGAGCAUCAGUCGCUUCGUCGCCAUCAUCACAACGCCAUGUUGAAGCAGGACAGCAAUCUGUCACAGCAAAUGUUACUGAAGCAGGAUUCACAUGGCUCCAGACAAUUUUUAAUCAAGCAAGAGAGCGCCUCUAGCGAUGGAUCGCGGCGCAUGCUCUGCCAGCAGGAUAGUAAUGGUUCGAAAGUUUCACUAACCAAACAGGAUUCGAUUGUUUCGUAUAUGGAUACAAGACGCAAUGGUUUGGAUAAAUGUCAAGACUCUUGCUCCACGCAAGACAACAUGUCGAUUGAUUCACGGCGUGGCACGAGCUUUAAGUUGGAUACACCACACAAUUAUGGUUCGCCCAGCACCAGCGCCGCCAUGUUGGAAUGUAAAAGACAAAAGUUUGUGAAACAAGACUCGGUGAUUUCAUUUGUGGACCAAAGGCCUGAACCCAGACGACAUCAGCUGGUAAAGCAGGAUUCUGUUAUUUCUUUCGCCGAUCAACGACGCGGUGUUCUUAACAAACAGGACUCCAUAAUUGCAUGUCACAAUCGCCAGGGGGACGGCACUGGACAUCAUGUUUCGAUCUUAAAGAAAACCGAGGCCUCACUCGGCAGCGCGCUGGCAUCGCCCCGACGGAAUAUAGAAAUGUUUGAGUAAUUCAUUUGGAGAAAUUACAACAAAAACUAAAUAAAUAAACACUAUGAAUUGCAUUGCAAAGGAAAGUUAGUCAACAACAAUAACAACACAUUUAGAUUAAUAGCAGAUAAUUGAAAGAUUAACAAAGUAGCCAUUUCAUAAAUGAUUAUUCGUAUUAACAUUGCUAUAUAUUACAUGGAAACAAAUAACAACAACACCAACAAAUACACUACAAUUUAUACUAAAGAUUUCAUACAGCCAUACAUUCUUACAAAAAACAAACAUAAAGCGCUCCAUACACAUACACAUAUAAAAGUGUGUUAUUGAGCGUUGUAACUUACAUACAUAUCCUAAACGUAGGUGUUAGUGUAACGGGAAGCAAAUGCAUACAAAGUGACAAGCAAAUUGUAAUCAGGGCGCACAUUUCUUAUAUGUAUUUAUAUAUGUAUGUAUAUGUAAAGAUUUUAUGUAUGAUAGAUGUUUAAGUAAAUGUUAUGAGCAGGUGCAUACAAAAAUACACACAUACAUGUUUACAAGUGUAUACGUAUUGGUGUAUUAAAUGUUUGUAUGUCAGUGCGCAAGUACUAUAGAUAAGUCUAGCUUAAUUAGAGGUGAGUAUAAUAUUAAGUACAGUUUUUAUUUGAGGGCGAGCAACAAUUAUAAUGAUGAUGAUGAUGAAAAUGAUGAAGAUGAUGAAAACGGUGAUUAAUAUGAUUAAGGUAAUGAUAAUGAUGGUGAUUAUGAUGAUAAAGAAGAUAAUGUUGAUGACGGUGAUGAUGAUAAUGGCGAUGAUGAUGAUGAUGACGAUGAUUAUUAAUGUUGAUCUUGAUGAUGACGAUUAUAAUGAUAAUGACAUGAUGAUUUUGGUGACUAUAAUGAUAAUUAUAAUAAUGGUGAUGAUGAUUUUGAUGAUAAGGAUUAUAAGUAAUGUUGGGUGAUAUGCAUUUUGUACGAGUUUCAUAUGAUAGUUUCGGAUAUACAUACACACACACGCAUACUAAGUAUGUAUGUAAUGUUUUAAUGAUUGUUAUACUGUAGACAUACAUACAUACAUAUGUAGGUACAGAUUUACGGCUAUGAAAUGUUUUAUAACGAAUGAAAUUUGAAAUUUGUAUUUUUAUGAGUAUUUAAGUAAAGAGUAUUGAACGAAUUUCAGGAUACAACAACAGAUAUAAAAACAAAUAUAGGAGAAACAGAAAACUCAUAACUCACAUACGUACAGAGCCAUACAUACAUACAUAUAUAAUAUAAAUACGUACAUACAAACAUACAUACAUAUGUACUUGCAAGCUGAGCAGAAUUAUCUCAACUGUCCAAUAUGUGUAUGUAUAUGUAAAAUUUGAGUCACACCGAGUUCUAAAUGCAAUGUACCUACUAACAGCAACAUUUAUGAUUAAGAACAACAUUCUUACGAUUUAUAUAUUUAUAUUGAACGUUAAUUUUGGUAAAGAGCAAUGAUUUUAGCUAACAAUGUCAUACGUACAUACAUACUUACAAACAAACAUGCGAUUAUUGGAAAUUUAAUUAUGCAUAAACAUACAUACUUACAUAGAUAUGAGUGUAAGUAUGGAAAUAAGUUGUUCAGCUUAUUAUUUUUCAAUUUUUCGCAUUUUUAGAAAAAUGAUUGAUAAGAAAAAAAUUUAAAAAAAAUAUUUAUAAAUAUACAAUAUUGUUAAAUUAACAUAAAAUAUGUAUUUAUUAUAUUAACUAUCAAUAUGCAUGCAUAUAAUGUUGAAAAUUAGACACACUUGACCGUCUCAGUGACAGUGUGACUUAAAGUAAGGCGCCUAGAAUUGUUUUGUUAACAACUUUUAGUACUUGAUUAUGUAGUUACAUAUAUAUUACAUAGAUAUACUUAUGUGAAUAUACAUAUAAUAUAUUAUAUGAGUGGAUUAAAUUCACAGCAUCAUGCACAAUUAUAUAUAAAUAAUUUUAGGAAAUUGUUUUAAAUUCGCUUUAAGGGGUUAUAUACACUUGCAAAUCAGAAAAAAUACGUUUUUUUGUUAUUAUACUCUUGCUGCAUGUGGCUACAGAGUAUAAUAGCUUUGUUCACCUAACGAUUGUUUGUAUCACCUAAAACUUCUCGAUCAUUUAUAUAUAUAUAUGGAGUUAUCAAUAUAUAUAUAUAUAAAUGAUCAGGAUGACGAGACGAGUUAAAAUCCGGAUGUCUAUCUGUCUGUGCAAGCUGUAACUUGAGUAAACAUUAAGAUAUCCAAAUGAAACUUGGAAGACGUGUUCCUUGAGAAAAAAGUGAGAACGCACACAAAACGCAACUAAACGAAAAUCUAUAAAGUGACAUAACUGGUUUUUUGGUACAGGGGAAUGCAGCUGUGGGCUUCAACUUUUAAAAAAGUUAAAAAAAAAACGCCCUCUAAUAGGUUUAUAUCCUAAGCCACUAAUGCUAUAACAACCAAAUCCGCUCAAGACAAAUCUCUUAAGCACCCCUGCUGAUACUGUAGAAAUGGGUUAAAUCGGGUGAUCAUUAUUAAAAUCGCAAAAAAAAAAUACGCUAGAGACAUUAAAUUUUACACCUAGGAUGAUACAAGAGGACCUUAUAGGAGCCGCGGUCAAAAUUGAAGAAUGGCACAAGGCUUGGCACUAACAUUACGGUUAAAACCCAUAUCUCAGGACCUAAUCGACGGAUUUCAACCAAAUUUAGUAUGUAAUAUUAUCUUGAUAUUCCCAUAUUUUAGGUCAGAAAUUGGCGAAAUCUGACCCACGCCUAUUUCCCAUGUAACACAAUUUUAAAUUCCUUCUGAUUCUUUCACUUUCCACUAUGCAAAUCAAGCACCAAUGAAUGUAUGGGAUAAAACUUUACCCGAAUAGUGCAUUUGAGGUGCGCCACAUUAUUACCAAAAAUUGUCCAAACCGGACUUAAAAUAUUCCAGCCUCCAGAUACCAAAUAUGUGGAACCUAGUUCUUAUAGCGAACAUUUUAUAGAAAAUAUCAGUUAAUCUGUGAAAUACAAUAUAUCACAGAAAUUCAAAAAGAAUUCUUUUCUAAUAAUAAUAAUAAUAGCCCCCAUAUACGUAAUAGAUUUCGAAUUACCGGCUAACUUUAUAUCGCAUAUAUCGGCAAAUAAGUAAGAUACCUUAGCGAAAUUCAGUGAAAGUAUAAUAUUGUAUAUAUUAUAGUUUAAUGCCGAAAAUAUGUGAAAUUGGGACACAAAUUACCCAAACUACCAUAUACAACAUAUAUUGAUUUUCGUUGUUCUAACAAACCUUAUGCACCCGAAGGUAUUUCCCUAGCUUGGAACCUGGCAAGUUGCAAGAAUAUGAAACGUUCGUGUUCACGCCGAAUUUAGCCCUUUCUUGCUUAUUUUGCUUUAAACAGUUAUUAAUAAAUAAUAUAUAGUUAUUUAAUAAAUAAAUAAAAGUAAUGUACAAACACAGAAUUUUAUAUACUUUAAUAAUCGGCGAUUAGUCCCAAAAAAAUGGCGUCUGGUGGUGAGGAAGAUGGUUCUGGUUAAAAUUAACUCAAAUUCAAAAACUAAGAAGUGUUUCUUACUUUUUAUUUUUGAUUUUGUCCAAAUGGCGCCAUCCUAAAAAAAUUAAUUUUUGUGAACAAAUUUACACUGCAGUGUGGCUUAAAAAAACCAAGUUAUUAUCAUAAUCUUAGGCCUUCAAACAUAACAAAUAUAUCUAAGAAGGUCAUGUGAAAAUUACAAGUAAAUCGGUCCAACCAUGUCGAGGACAUUCUCCUUACCGACUCUGAAACCAACGUUGCAAGAAUAAGAUAUUUAACAUUUUGUGAUGCGCAUACACCAAGUAAAGAUAUUCUUACGUAUACACACAUACCUCCGAAACUAUUUCAAAUUUUCGGAGAAUAUUCUCAAAUAUAUCAGCGCUCGAUAUUCAUAUACAAAUAUACGAAACCAAAAAUCGAUAUUUUGAAAUUCACAAGUUGAUAUAACCCCUUAAGCCUCAGUUGAUACACAACGUAUGUUACAACAAAAAGUUCAAAGUAAAACCAAAUAGACAACCAAAGAAAUUGAAAUUAUAUACAUAUAUAUGUAUUUUGUUAUUCAAUCACGUUAUUAAUGCGCUAAUCAAAUUAGUUCACAUGCUUGUAAAUCUUAUAACUUAUAUUGUUUAUAUUAAAUAUAAAUAAUAAUAUAUUAUAAAUAAUAUUUAUCAGCCAAAAUGAUCUUUUUUCGAUUUGAAUCGCAUUUAGGGAAAGCCAGUAUAGUGCGCUAUGUCGCAUACAUAAAUAAUUUGUAGAAUCGAAUACCCAUACAUACAUAGAUAUAUAUAUGUAUACAUGUUAAUGCACCCUGGAGGAAAAAUGGCUUUAAUUGAAUUUUAAAACUUUUAAAGAUUUUGAUUAAUAAAAUGUUCUUAGUGAGAUUUUUGGGCCCACUGAGAAGAUAUAGUGAAAGUUAUUAAAACCAAACACCGAAUUUCGGCAUUUUGAAAAAUUUAAUUAUUAAUUCGAAUAAAUUCUAUAAUUUUUCUUAAUUUUAACUACUAUCAUUGAUUGUGAUUAAAGUUUUUCGGUUCUACAAAAAAGAUUUUGUUCAGACUUUUACAUCAACCUGACUAUAAUUUAUUUCAUAAAUUAUAAUCUUAAGGAGCAUACUAGAAAUUUUGAAAAAAUAAAUUUUUUAUUUUGCUUGUUUUGAAAGUCUAGGUAUAUAUGUAUUUAAAAAUAACAUACUUAAAUUUUUAAUGAAUAUUCGAAACAUUUCUUGAGUUACAGGCUUCUAAAGAGUAGCCACUCAUUUCAAUCAGCUCAUUUCAAUUAUAAACACGUUUUUCGUCUAAAUUUUGAAUUUGCUAUAGUCAUUACUUGGAAACAAAUGAUCCGUUCACUAUUAAAUUUUUUCUGCAUGCUCUAUAUAUGUAUAGCUCCCCAUACCAAUUGUGGCAUGCCAAAAACGACCAAAAUUUUAGUAAAAUACAAAUUUUUCACUGUACGGACAAUAUCUUUCAAAGAUAUUUUUUUUAGGUUUCAUCCACGGAAAAGGUUGAAAUCACUACAACAGCGGAGACCUCCCGUCGGAGAUAUAUAUUAUAAUAAAAAUUGUAAAUAAAACGGAAGCUCGACAUUUCACACAAUCAUUUUCUUUUUGAAAAAAUUGAGACUACCCCAGUUAUAUCAAUUCCAAUUUAUUAGUUAAUAUAUAUUUAAUCAUGAUUAUGAUCCAACCUAAUUAUAGAAUACCUUAGUAUUUCCUGCUGGGUGCCAAAGCAUGUAUACAAUAGUUUGUGUGUGCAAGUUUCGUUUGAAAAAAAUUAAAUAUUAUACAUAUAUGCUUAAUAAAUAAAUAGUAGAACUUGGAUCAACUUGAUCACACAUUAAGGUAGGACAUCAUGGAAAAAACUAUAUUUUUGAAACUUAAUUCUGUUCGUUUCCUAACGGGUCUCAUCUUUUGAGCAUUCUCAAAUUCUCUUCAUUACUUCUACAAAAUACAAAAUGAGUACAAAGCCGGAUGUGUCAUUACUGCCGAUGAUGAUGACCCGUGCUUUGUGAGAUUAUGUAUGCAUAAGUAUAUGCGCGUAUAGACAUAUGUACAUAUAUAUUGUACAUUGGUAUAUAUGUAGUAUGUAUGCAAACUUUCCUCAAUGUGUGAUCUAAUUUACCCAAGCACACUUUUCUAUUAAUGUAAGCUAUUUAGAUACAUACGUAUGUAUAUCAAAUGCAGCAAACGCAAUCGUCGUUGUCAUUUGGCACAAAAUAAAAUAGAAUAAUCAACAAAAUGGUUCAAAGUUUUAUAAAAGUUACUUAACUACAUUUUUAUAAACCUACAUACAUAAAGAUAAGGAAUGUAAUUACAUUCAUGGAACAAAGAGCGAAGUAAAUACUUAAACAAUACAAAUAUUUGAAAUAAAUACCAAAGAUUAAUUAGAGCAUAUAGAGUAAGUACAUAGAGACACAAACUAAUAGAGCUAAUUAAAAAAAAAUCUACAACAAAAAAGUCAGAAAACCAAAGCGGAAGAAAUACUCCAAAUAAACUAAUGACAACAAACACUUCAUAUACACAUUUAUAUAGUAUGUAGAUGAAUAGCGAAGUGCAUACAUACAUACAUACGUAUGAAUGUGAAAAGAAUUUGUACUUAGCCGCUUUUGUAUGUUCAUAUUCAAUACUUAAAGUAUUUACUAUUAGCUGUCAAAAAUAUACUACAUACAUCGAUAUAAAUACAUAUAUGCAAACAAA